AUGACGAGCUCAGUACGGCCGCAAGCACGAAGAGCAGCAUCCGGAGCAUGGAAUCGCUUCAAGCAGAUGCCCCAAGACCCUCUAGACCAUUAUGGCCUGCCUUCAAAAGGCGAGACGCGACUCCACGACCCCAAAGUCCAAGAAGCAUACUACACCAAAAUCGUAGAACGCUACAUGAAAUUCUGCGCCACCGAAGACCUCGACAUCGCCUUCAAUACCCUCUCCCUCGACUCCUCCUCCUUCAACAACAACAAUAACACCCCACCCCUCUCCGCCACAGGCCCCACAGGCACGAAAUACGGCCCCAAUUCCCGGCCGCCUCUCACCCACAGCAGCACAACAACAGGCGCGCCCUCCCCAUCCACCGACCUCCCCAACAUCCUCCUCGCCAUGCGCAAACUCCGCGAAGGGAUUUUCGCAACCCGACGACGGGACACGUUUGCGCAAAUCGCAUACAAAUUCAUCAUUCACGCGAGCAUCCUCUCCCGGUCGUGGGAACACUAUAAACCCAGUCUAGACUAUCUCCUCUACUCCAUCCACCCGCACACACCCCUAUCAUCAACGGAAUUGGCGGAAUUCGUAACCUACCGCAUCCUGGACCUAUCCUGCCGCCAAAACGAUCUCCUCGAAGCAGUCACAAUCCGCCAGCACUUCUCUUCCGUAGCGCCAGGACUCAGUGCAGGCUCGUUGCGGCGGGUGAAUGUCAUUUUGCAGGCUUUAGUGCAUAAUGAUUGGGUAAGGUUUUGGAGGGUGAGGAGGGUGGUUGAUGGGUAUCAGAGAGCGAUUAUGGAAUUUGCGGUGCCGGAGAUGCGGUUGCAUGCGUUGAAGUGUGUCGGGAAGGGGUAUUUGCAGGCGGAUCGGGCGUUUGUGGAGAGGAGUGGGGAUCGGACGUGGGAGGAAUUGGUGGGGAGGGACGGGGUGGGGUGGGAGUUGGGGGAGGAUGGGAGGGUUGUUAUUAGGAGGGCGAAGGGGAUGUGA